UCCCCGCCCCCGGCCGAGGCGGUUCCCGGAGCAGAGUCCGGCUGCGUCGCGCGGGCAAUAGGCGUCUCCCUCUCCUCUGCAUCUGCGCCAGGCGCGCUGUCUCCCAUCCCGCCGUCGGCCCCCGGUGCGCCCGGCCGCCUGAGCCCCCAGAUGAACGUGAGAUUCAGAGAGGUCAGGUCAUUUGCCUGAGGACACCCAGCCCAAGUCUAUCCUUGACACUGGCUCUAAUAAACUUCAGUAUGUGGUCCAGCCUGAAUGAGUGGCUAUGGCAGGAGAGGUUCUGGCUACCACCCAACAACUCGUGGGCUGUACUGGAGGACCGCGAUGGCCUGGUCUACGCCCACCCCCAGGACAUGCUGAUGGCCCUGCCCCUGGCUCUGGCCCUGGUGGCCGUGCGCUUCACCUUCGAGAGAUUCAUCGGCCUGCCCCUGAGCCGGUGGCUGGGCGUGCGGAACCAGACCAGGAGGCCGGCGAGGCCCAAUGCCACGCUGGAGAAACACUUCCUUAUGGAAGGGCAGAGCCCCACAGAGCCCCAGAUGAGCCUCCUGGCGGCCCAGUGUGGGCUCACACUGCGACAGACCCAACGCUGGUUCCGGAGACGCCGGAACCAGGACCGGCCCUGCCUGACCAAGAAGUUCUGUGAGGCCAGCUGGAGGUUCGCCUUCUAUCUGUGCUCCUUCAUCGGUGGAAUCUCGGUUCUUUACCACGAAUCGUGGCUGUGGACGCCGGUAAUGUGCUGGGACGGUUACCCACAGCAGCCCCUGAAGCCGGCCCUGUACCACUGGUAUCUCCUGGAGCUGAGUUUCUACAUCUCUCUGCUGAUCACGCUGCCCUUCGACACCAAGCGCAAGGAUUUCAAGGAGCAGGUGGCACAUCACUUUGUGACCAUCACCCUGAUCGUCUUCUCCUACAGCACGAAUCUGCUGCGCAUCGGCUCUCUGGUGCUGCUAUUGCACGACUCCUCCGACUACCUGCUGGAGGCCUGUAAGUUGUUCAACUACACGCACUGGCGGCGCGUGUGCGACGCUCUCUUCAUCAUCUUCUCGUUGGUCUUCUUCUACACUCGCCUCGUGCUCUUCCCCACCCAGAUCCUCUAUACCACAUACUACGAGUCCAUUGCCAACUCGGGCCCCUUCUUCGGCUACUACUUCUUCAAUGCGCUUCUGAUGACGCUACAGCUGCUGCACGUGUUCUGGUCUUGCCUCAUCCUUCGCAUGAUCUACAGCUUCAUAAAGAAAGGCCAGAUGGAGAAGGAUGUUCGCAGCGACGCCGAAGAGUCAGACUCCAGUGAUGGGGAGGCAGCCCAGGAGAACCCGCAGCUGAAGAACAGGGCAGCUCACCGGCCUGGAGCAGCCCCCACUGAUGGCCCUCGGAGCCGGGCAGCCAGGCGGAUGGCCAACGGGCACACACCGGCCACGUAGCCCGCCGAGGACCGACCACAGGGGCUGCCCCAGCACCCGGCAGCUCGGAUUCGUGGGGUGGCUGGACUGGGGACCCUUGGGCCGAUUCUGUGGAGCACAGCGAGGGCCCCACCCCAGGGGCUGAUGAUCUGUCUCCACCUCCUUCUGCCCCCCCCCCCACUUCCCUCAGGCAAAUGGACAGAGCUGCGGCCGCGGGAGAGGGGUGCAGGCAGCCUGGCAACUGUGAAGAGCCCCAGGAUGAAAGGGGGUCCAAUAAAACUUGACCGGAGCCAACUUCUCUGCCUGAGAGCUUGUGUCCCUGUCACAGCUCCUCAUCUAUCCCCAGAGGCCCCAAGGCAGCCGGGACUUACAUACCUCACCAGUGGCUCACUCACUGCCAUCCCAAGACACAUGCCCACCCCCAGGGGACCCAGACAGCGAGCAGCGCAGGGGGACCCCCUCGGGUGAGUCCCCGACUCCCAGCCAGAGCCUCAGCCAAGCUACCUCCUUCCACCCCAGGGCAGCCGUUGGUCGGCUGCUCACAGACCUUGCGUACAGAAGAGCAGGUGCUGGGCUCAGACAGGUGGAGUCCUUUGCCCAGAGUCACACAGGUCCCAGCAGAAGGGCGAAGGGGAGACUCACACCUGUUCCUGCAGCCCCUGCACAAGCCUGGCAGAGCCCCGUCCUCAAGGUCCCCGGGACCUCCCUGGAGACAGUGAAAUAGGACUUCGUGGGAGCGCAGCUUCCUGCAGGCUUCCCAAGGGUUCAGCCGGGUGAGUUCACUGUCUCCUCAGGAGCUCUGCAAGAGGGUGCCCCUCACACACACACCCCAGAAAUCACUGCCACAAGGUCCCAUGCAGGGCCAGAAUGUGCUGCCUUCAGGGGAACCAGAGACAGGAGUCAGAGGAGAGAAAGGGUUGGGGGACAGAUCUCACCUUCUGUGCUUCUCAACAAAGAGGAGAGGAUAGGAGAGGAGAGAGGUGGCAGAGAGGAGAAAGGUCCCUGUUGUGUCUCCACUGAGAAGCAAGGAUGGAGGGAGAGGAAGGUGUUACAUAUAAUCCAGCAAUCUCACUCCUGGGCAUAUAUCUGGACAAAACUAUAAUUCAAAAAGAUACAUGCACCCCUAUGUUCAUAGCAGCACUAUUCACAAUAGCCAAGAUGUGGAAACAACCUAAAUGUCCAUCAACAGAUGAAUGGAUAAAGAUGUGGUACAUAUAUACAAUGGAAUAUUACUCAGCCAUAAAAAAGAAGGAAUAGUGCCAUUUGCAGCCACGUGGAUGGACCUAGAGGUUAUCAUACGAAGUGAGGUAACUAAGAAGAAGACAAAUAUCAUACAAUAUCACUUACAUGUAGAAUCUAAAAAGAAGGAUAGAAAUGAACUUAUCUACAAAACAGUAAGAGACCACAGACAGAGAAAAACAAACCUAUCGUUACCAAAGGUGGGGGGAGGGGUAAAUUAGGAGUUUGGGAUUGGCAAAUGCAAGCUGUUAUAUAUAGAAUGAGUAAACAACAAGGUCCUACUGUAUAG